GAUUCCCCGAGCGAGCCCUGCAUGCAUGUAGUACCAGACGUAGCACCAGACGGACCGCCGUUUUUCUAAGGUCGCACUCACUCUUCAAUACAUGUAAAGUGGGUGUACACCGACCUAUCAACCCUCUUUUUUGUCCUCGUUCAGGUUCUGCUUCCUUUUCGCUCCCUUUCCCACGCUGUAAGCCGACAGUCAAAUACCAGCACUCGACGGCUCUUUUCUACGAUUUUGAAUCGCAACGCAACUCCUCCGUACGGUUCGAACACUUAGGGAAACCCAUCGUCGCCAGACAUCUCGAGGCUCCUCUACCGGAUCGCGGGAGAGGGGAACCCUGGAAGGACGCAAGAAGACGAGAUGGCGCCCGUCAUGGGUGCCGACCGGGGUCCCGGCGUGUUUAUACUGAACCUCGUCUUCGUCACAUUGGCCGUCGUCAUCCUCGUGUUGCGGGUUUACACGCGGGCCCUGAUCGUCAAGGCCUUUGGUCUGGAUGACUGGCUCAUGAUUUUUGCCGCGAUUUUCUUCACUUUAUACGUUGCCAUGUCUAACACCGGUGUGCACUACGGGACUGGCCAGCACAUGGACGUUCUCGAGCCUUUCCAGAGGGAAAAGGCCAUGAUGUACUGGUGGUACUGCUACAUGUUCUACAUCCUCAGCAUGGUGUGCUCCAAGCUGUCCUUUGCCUGGUUCCUCCUGCGCAUCACCACGGCCAGGGCCCACGCCUGGGUCGUGUACGCCGCCUCCCUCCUCUCCGUCAUCGCCGCCACCAUCUUCUUCUUCGUCACCAUCUUCCAGUGCAAGCCCGUGUCCUUUUACUGGACCCGCCUCGGCGGCGACACGGACGGCUCCUGCCUGAGCAUGGACGUCAUCAUGUCCAUUGCCUACUUCUACAGCAUAUGCAGCAUCGUGACCGACUUCACCUUUGCGGUGCUUCCCGCCUUUGUGAUCUGGAACCUGCAGCUCAAGCUCAGGGCCAGGCUGGCGCUCAUCUUUCUGAUUGCCAUGGGCUGCGUGGCAAGUUCCGCACUCGUCGUCCGGUGCGCAUUCCUCAAACACUUUAGGGACGUCGACUUUCUCUAUUCCACCAUCGACAUCGUCAUCUGGUCCUCCAUCGAAAUGGGCCUCGCCAUCAGCGCUGCCAGCCUCGCCACCCUCCGCCCGCUCGUCAAGGCAAUCGCCCUCAAACUCGGCAUCACGUCGGCACGCUCCUCCCCGCCCUACUAUGGGACGGGCCCGCGCUCCAAGACGACGAUGGGGGCCGGGAGCAGAAACGGGACCGUCGCUAACCCCUUCGACCCCAACGUCUACGUCAUGUCCGAGUUCUCGCAGGGCACGAGCGGUGGCUCCCCGAGGAACGGCAGCGGGCACUUUGGCACGGAGACGACCGCGUAUGCCGGCAGCUUCGGAAAGUCGUCUCGACAGUACGCCCAGGAUGUCAAGCUGGAGAGCGACAACGAGAGCCAGGAGCAGCUGCAUGAGGGGUCCUCGGAGCGCACGAGCGGGGACGAGGGCAGGAGACGGGCUGUUCCCAAGUCAUUUCUUCACGCAAGAGCCGGCAAGGGCGCGUGAAAGAGUUGGGCUCAAUAUGUGUUCAAACGUCUUUUGUAUAUGAUAUAAUGAUACAUAUGGCCAAGUGCUGUCUCUCUGUGCCCGAGACCUAUUCGAUGUGAGAUCGGAGCCGCAGCACUGGGUUCUUGAUCUUGUCAUCAACUUGAGAGACUUCAACUAGUAAACGCCCGGCAAGAUUCUCCACCGCACAGUCCUCCG